AUGGCUGUCUGCGAACAUUGGAUAGACGACUUCGAUGUCCAUGUCGGCAUCAACAAUAUAAUCGCAAAGGACACCUCUCCCAAGAUCACGUACGAGCCCCCGGAGUUGGCAAGGCAGAGUAUAACGGAAAAGCUGAAACUCCAAUUCUGGCCACCCGCGAAAAGGGCAUCUGGGAGCUCGAGAGGACGAACCCCAGAAUCCUCCAGUUCAGGAAGAUACAUAUACAUCGGGCCUAAUCGUGACAGACUGGCUGCCGGUUCUCGCGAGUCUCUGUUGACAGUAUCUACAAACCGGCAUUCCAAACCCAUGGAUUCACCAACGAUACCGGGCUAUUUCCCGAGCCAUGAGAGAGCUCAAACUGCCCUAGGGCUCUCUCGAUCCUCCUCCAGAGCCCGCGACCGUUCACCCCUGGGAUACCCAGGUUUCAGCGAAAGGCGCACUGGCAGGCCGACAGGAAAUGGUCACAGCACAUCCAGACAGUCGUCGAGCCCACAUUCAACCGGACGACUUACACCCUCAGGUAGCCAGCCGACCAUGGCGCAACACCAGCAACAACCUAGAGCCAGGUUACAGCGCAAGCGGAGCCCUAUGAAGGCUGAAAUUGAAGGGAUUCCCCCCAAAGUGCCCCCGAAGACUGAGCUAGGAGUCUCAAAGAAGGAAAAGUCCGGCACAUCUCACUUCUUUGGUCGAAGUAACCCGAAAAACAGAUAUAUAGAAGCGGUCCAUUCGUCGUCUGCUCCUGAUCUCUCUCAUUUGCGAGGGGGGUCUACAUCGAACCUACUACUAGAAAGGGACCGGUCGACAGACCAGCUAUCGGAUCUCCCGCAAUUCUCUCAGAGAUACCAUGAUAGACGACCGAAAUCGUUGAAGGUAUUGGGACUCGAUGCCACCAGACGAGCAGAAAGCCCUCUACCGGGGGAAGACGAUGACGUUCCGAAACCACUUGUCAUAAGAGACAAGUCAUGUAAGAAGAAACCAAGAGACGGAGGAGCUCUUGAGAAUAUUGACAUUCCCGUUGGAAACCUGCCGCCAGGGUAUUCCAUCCAAACGGCUUCCAUGCUUCUUACCUGUCAAGAAAUCGAGGAACUUCAAAGUCAAGCGCGGCGCAGAGGGCAGAGAUUUGAAGUCCUCAAGUACAGCGAGGUGUCCUCUCUCACUCAGGAAAUGCACACUCUGAAUAAACAUUGCAAAUACCUCCGGGAUACCCACGUUGCUCUCCGAUCUGAUAGACAGCGCCUGCAUGGCCGAGUGAUAUCAUACCUCAAAUCCGCCAGCGGUGUCUCCAGCUUUUCUCCUGAAGGCGUCUUGAAACAAGAAGAAGCCCUGCUGGAAAUCGACCAAUCGAUAGACGAGUGGGCCACAAAACUUGAAUACGCAGAAGAGCGGCGAGCAAAAAUCCAACAAAAGCUUCUGGAGCAUAUGGUCGCCAUUCUCAAUCUGCCUCAGCCUGCUGCGAAGGAGAGUGGCCAUAACAGAAGCAUAAGCGAUUUCACCAGCGUGAGCGAAAAGGACAGCCGACGAAGUGACCUCGAAUCAAUCAUAAUAUAUGCCGACGCAGGACUCCAACGCUCAAACCCUGACAAACCAUGGAUAUAA